AAACUGAGCCCUUCAAAAAAUAAAAUAAAAUAGGAAACUUUUAAUGAAUUUAUUGUUAAUUGAACUAAAACCAUGUUAUUCGGCAUUAAUUUGACAUAAUUGAUACAAUUAACCAUGAAACUAGUAUAUAAAAAUUUAGAUAAAGGAUGUGGAUCGAUUAAGGUGAUUCCUGAUGAGUCAGAGGAUAUGUGGCAUGCCUAUAAUCUUAUAUGUGAAGGAGAUGUCGUUACUGCAAGCACAAUUCGAAAGGUUCAGACAGAGUCAGCGACGGGAAGUAGCACUUCAAAUCGUGUACGCACAACAUUGACGAUUAAGGUUGAGAACAUUGAAUAUGAUACACAGGGAUGUAUGUUGAGAUUAAAAGGCAGGAAUGUUGUUGAAAAUCAGUAUGUUAAGAUGGGUGCUUAUCAUACAAUAGACUUAGAAUUAAAUCGCGCUUUUACAUUGACCAAACCAGAAUGGGACUCAAUUGCACUAGAACGUGUCGAUAUGGCUUGUGACGUUACGCAGAAGGCUGAUGUAGCUGCAAUUGUUAUGCAAGAAGGAAUCGCUCAUAUCUGUCUUAUCACAUCGAACAUGACGCUUGUAAGGAGUAAAAUUGACAUUGCGAUACCAAGAAAACGGAAAAACAAUCCAUCACAGCACGAAAAGGGUUUAACGAAAUUUUACGAAGCAGUCUAUCAAGGGAUCCUACGUCACGUUAACUUUGAGAUUGUUAAAUGUAUUUUGAUCGCGUCACCUGCUUUUGUGAAGGAUGCCUUCUUUGAAUACAUGAUACAGCAAGCCACAAAACUUGACCAGAAAAUAAUACUUGAUAGUAGAAGCAAAUUUAUGCUAGUUCAUGCAUCAUCUGGCUUUAAACAUUCGCUGAAAGAAGUUUUACAAGAUCCAGCUGUUGUUGCCAAAAUGAGUGACACAAAAGCAGCAGGCGAAGUCAAACGAUUAGAAACUUUCUAUACAAUGUUGCAAUGUGAACCAGCCAGAGCGUUUUAUGGCAAGAAGCAUGUUCAAAAAGCAGUCGAUGCCCUAGCUGUCGAAACUCUCCUCAUAUCCGAUAAUCUGUUUAGAAAUCAGGAUCCAAUUCAGCGUAAAGAAUAUGUUAAGAUGCACGACGAUGUUCUUGAGGCAGGCGGUGAUGUGAAAGUUUUCUCGAGCAUGCACGUGUCGGGUGAACAAUUAGCACAACUGACAGGCGUUGCUGCCAUUCUACGCUUCCCAAUGCCAGAACUCGAAGAAGACUCUGACGCUGAUGACUCUGAUUAAUAGACCUUUAAUCUUCCGAAAAAUUAAUCAAAAAACUUUUAUCACUUUCCUACCUACACAAAAAGAAAAGUUUCCUUCCACUCUAAAAUUUAUUAAAUUAACCAAAUUGAACUUUUUUCUUCGAAAUCCGAUUUAUUUUAUUUUGUUAUUUUGUAAAUAUUAUUUUGAUUUUUGGUCAGUAUAUGGAUCGAUGUGAUUUUUUGUUCAAAUUAAGCUUUGAGUUUAUGUUUUGAACAGAUUUAUACAAUUUCAAAUAAUCUAGUACAAUUUUGAGGAGGUUGUAUGAGUUCAAGUAAAGAUUCUUUCAGUUUAAAAAGAUGUCCAUCAUGCGAGGUACUAGAUUAAUUGCAAUCUACUACUUAACAGUCUAGAAUAAAAUCAUUAUAUAAUUCAGUACUAGAUCGAAUAAAAUCUGGUACUUUUUAUCGUCUUAAAAACUAAGAAUCUAGAUCUAGUACGAUUUUAUGGACUAGAAUUCAAAAAUAUUUUUUCGAGCUGUUUGGGUAAUACUCUAGUAAAAGAUUUACUAGAUGAACAAAACAUUUCAGGACAAUUUUUUGUACUAGAUUUUUCAAAAUUUUACUAAGAUAUUUGAAACAUUUCGAGUAACUCCAAAAAUCCCAUACAAUUAACUUUACAUAUUCUGUUGAUCAAUCAUCCACAACUCUUAUGAUCUUUUUACAAUUAAUCGAAAAAAUAACAAAAACAAGUAGAAACUGUGCUGUAAAGGAAAUGGUUGAUGAAUUUCCAUUCACACAUUCGGUAAACAAAAGAAGUAAAGAGAAAACCCAUUAAAAAUAUUGAUACACGACGCAAACAUGUGUUCUUA